AUGUCAUCAUCAAGCAUGGUUCUUACAUAUCAAAUAAUUUCAACCAAUCUUUACAAAUUCGAUGAACCAAUAUUAAUUAUUCUUGACGGUCUAGGAAGAAUAUUUAUUAUCUUUGUUUUUAUACAAAAAUCAAUGUGUCAAAAUCCUGGUUCGAUCUAUUUUAUUGCAUUUAACAUAGGUAAUAUUCUCGUAUUAUGGCUUAGUCUAUUUCCAUUUACUUAUUGUUCUAUAUCUGGUAAUGAUUUAACAUUAACUAAUUUAUUCUAUUGUCGAUUUCAUCUCCAUAUAUUACAUGUCAUAAUAAUGUUACCACCAUCUUAUCUAAUAUUGGCUUCAGUCGAUUGA